GAAACUCGAUUAAAAAAAUCCCCAAAAUUUGCUUAAAAAUAUAUCAAUAUCAAAAAAAGAAAAGAAAAAAAAUAUACCGAGCUAUUCGAAAACCUCCGAAGCCACCCCCAAACCGGGAGGAGGUUUCGUGCGCUCACCGACGAGAUCCCGAUCCCGAUCCUCCACCGCAUUGCCCUAGAAAAUCGAUCGGAGGGGAUCCCCAGAUCCCGACGCGGCGAUCUCGAUCGGCUUCGGAAACCCUAGCGACGAUCGCGAUGCGGUUGUGACGAUUUUGGCGUGCAUUGGCGAUUUUGGCGUCGAUUUGGGGACAAUUUCGUAGGAUUUGGGAGUUUUGAACCGAGAGCAGCGGAUUCGAAUCUGAUUUCGCUGCGCCGUUCGAAUUGGUGAGGGAUGGAUUUGUCGGAGAUUAGCGAGGAGCUCGCCCAGAUCGAGGGCCAGAUCAACGAUAUUUUUCGCGCAUUAUCAAAUGGGUUUCAGAAAUUGGAGAAAAUUAAAGACCCAAAUCGGCGGAGUAGGCAACUGGAAGAACUUACUGAUAAGAUGCGGGAAUGUAAGAGACUUAUCAAAGAGUUUGAAAGAGUGAUGAAGGAGGAGGAGAGCAGAAAUACUCGUGAAACCGUCAAAGUGAUUAACGAUAAAAAACAAUCAAUGAUUAAAGAGUUAAACUCAUAUGUCGCUCUCAAGAAACAACAAGCAAGCAGUAUCGAGAAUAAACGAGUUGAUCUAUUUGAUGGCCCUAGCGCCGAGAAUGGUUUCGGUGAAGAAAAUGUCCUGUUAGCAUCAUCUAUGACUAAUCAACAAUUAAUGGACCAUGGAAACCAGAUGCUGGACGAGACCGACCAGGCUAUUGAAAGGUCAAAGAAGACUGUGCAAGACACCGUCAAUGUUGGAGCCGAAACUGCAGCUGCUCUCAAAGCGCAGACGGAACAAAUGAGUAGGAUUGUCAAUGAGUUGGAUUCGAUCCAUUUUUCCAUUAAAAAGGCAUCUAAAUUGGUGAAAGAGAUAGGAAGACAGGUUGCAACUGAUCGUUGCAUAAUGGCCAUGCUCUGCCUCAUAGUGAUCGGGGUGAUUGCAAUCAUUAUUGUAAAGAUUGUGAACCCGCACAACAAGGACAUCCGCGACAUUCCGGGGCUUGCUCCACCGGCCAAUAGAAGACUCCUCUGGGCCCCAAGUGACUAGCGAAGUUCCAAUUCUUCUAAGCUAUCCAAUUUCCGGUUCUCCGCGUCUCCGUUUCCCCACCGAGUGAUUCACUCUUUGGGGAGGAUAAUACAGUUGAUCACUUGUAAUUUAUUUCUUGUCCUAAUUUCUCUUUACUCCUAUUAUUUUCGUAUCUUCUGAAUCAUAUACAGAUCUUAUUGUGUGCUGCAAUUGGUUUGGAUUGGAACAAAAGAUCCUUGCGUGCUUGUGUAUGAAGAGAGAGGACACUUUUGACCUUUUCUAUCUUGAUCUUUGGUGAUGGUGUGUAUACUCAUUGACUCUGACCAGAUGUAGUUUCAUAAGUAGACUUGUUUGCUCUCAA